AUGGCACCUCCAACUCUGUCAGAAAUCAAAACUCCCAGCGAGACGAUCCUCCGCUGGGCCACACGACAAGACAUCCCCGCCAUCGCCCAAGUCCUCCACGCCAACCUCCUCGAAUUCGAACUCCACGACCACUUCGCACGCGACCGAAAAGCCCGCUCCGAUGAAUUCUACGUCUUUGUACUCUAUCGCGUCCGGAGAUUCUUCGUCGCGCCACGAGUCCGAUACAUGGUCGCUGAACGCACAAAUGUCAGCACCUCUGGCGUUCACCAGACCGGACAGAUCGUCGGCUUCGCGGCCUGGGAUGCUCAAGGUGAUGACAAUCCCAUCGCCGUGGAAUGGUCACGCUUGAGUAGUGGAUGGAUGGCUUCAUUGGAACGAAGUCUCGUUCAGUGGGAACUGUUCCACCAUCGAUACUUUCAGAGCGAUGUCGUCAAUUAUGCGGAUCUGGAUCGAUGCAUUGAUUUGCUGCACGCGAGCUACGAGAGUCUCCCAUCUCUCAAGGCGAACAUGCACCUGCAGUUCUUGAUGGUCGAUCCCGCAUGGCAAAGAGGUCAUGGGAUCGGACAUCGACUAUUGCAAUGGGGUCUGGACGUGGCUGGCCAGUUGAAUCUCCCCGUGGUUCUGGAGUCGAGUCUCAUGGGCUACGAGUUCUAUCUUAAGCACGGCUUUCGAUGUCUCACCAAGGUUCACAUCAAUGUCAACCCGGAGAAGGCAUACGAUAUGCCCAUCGUCCUUUGGGAACCUCCUUCGCCGGUCGGACACUAG